AUGGCUGGCCCACCAUCAUACCCCGCCAAUGGCGAUUUCAACUCCAGACCACCACCCCCAUCGGCACAAUCACGGCCUAACGUCGCUUCCACCCCAAGUGCAAUGUCAGUCGCUGACUCUUCUGAUAACGACUUUGAGCCAACCCCCAUCCAUAGCCCCGGAGGUCCACAUUACGAAGAUUUGCCACCAUCAUACGACGAAGCGCAAGACCAGGCCGUUCACGAUACACGCAACGGCAUAGCGCCCGUAGACCCAAGCCAGAUCGAAGCCCACCGCAUCACUUCCAACGAAGGUCCUAAUGAGCCCGAAGUAUGGGAGUAUCGAGUAAGAGGUGAACCAGAUCCUGCGAACGAGCGGGAACAAGCGCCAGACUAUGCAAAUCAUACGAGCGACAAAGCUACCAGUGUACCUGUGCAGCAUGUCAGCACCAGUGAGAGCAUUACAGUUGGACGAGUGCACAGCGAGUUUGAUUCCAAGUCUAGUGCGUCCAGUUUACUUGACCAAGCCCUGAAAUUCGUGCAUCGAGAGCCAGAUACCGCAGCGCAGUAUGCACCGCAUUUGAACCGUCUCAUCGCGAUACCUGAACUUGCCGGACCAGCACGGCGUGCAGACGAAAUCUCAACGUUCCUAGUCGCCUACGCCGAAGUGUUGAAUCAUCAUUCGAUCAAACCUGAUGAAUUCGCCGAUUUUCUUUACGGUCUACAAGUCCUAUGUACUAUCACGAAGACAACAGCCAGAGACUUGUUGGACAUGCCAGCGCAUGGAUACACUUCUUCAACUACGGUGGACGAUUACAUUCGAGGCGCGAACGAAGCGUUCUUUGCGCCAAGAGGUCUCAUUGUGUCGUUCCGCAGCGAGACUGCGCUUCUCGAACAAUUGCCCAUUCCCAUGGGGCACAAAAGUACUGUCCUAAUCAAAUUGGCGGACAGAACUGUAACAGCUGAAUGGAGGGCACAGCAAUUAUAUCCCUGGAUUGAAGCGCUCGACGUCGAGAAUGUCCCGGCGCCGAGUGAGAGGGUACGAAAGUUGUAUGAGUUGAGUGAGCGGUUCGAAGGUUGGAAAGUUCCUGCACAGAGUUCUUCUGGUACUGGUCGUCACAUGUCGGGACAGAACAGGGAUUUGGGACAUGAAGACCCGCCUCAUUCCGUUCCUGAAUCUGGAACUCGCCAUCCUCGAGGGCAACGUGGGGGCGAUUGUUCGCCCUUUGGUAUGCCAGGCCGAGGACCAUUCGGAGCUCCAGGCAACGGGCCUUUUGGCAGACGAGGUAUGCCCUCUCGCGGUCGUGGUCGCGGAAGCGAAUGGCGUGGAAACGAGUGGGCAGAAGUGGGAAAAGAGUUGGGCAAGAUUGGUGAACAAUUCGGCAAACGCAUGGGUGAUUGGGGUGUAGAGUUUGGAAAACGCGCCAAUGCUUUUGGGCUUGAUGUGGGCAAAAUGGCGAGUGGAAGUGGGAGCGGUAAUGGCUCCCAAGUUAAAGGCACAACAUCGGGUCAACAGUAUCAACAAGCACAAAACGAUGACCUCCCGCCUGCCUACCACGCUCCAGCAGGUCAAGAGUCGGGCGUGCUGUAUGGAGACGAGAAGAGCAAGGUCAAUACUCCAGGAUACUCUGUCUCGACGACCAUAGACGACAAGGGUAAGGGAAAAGCCAAGGAAAAGGACCUGUACAGCGACGAUGAUGACGAUACAUCAUCCAUGUCAUCAGACAGUUCGAUCUCUUCCGACUCAGACUCAGAUUCUGAUUCCGACGACGACGAAGACUUCUCUGGCGUGGACAAGGAUCUAGCACGUGCGCGCAAACUCUCCAUCCGCGAUGCUCGCCACCACCUCAAGGAACGCUCUCGUACCUUGAAGAAACAACACCGUCAGAAGAAACGUGUGUUGAAAGCUAAGCACACUCUGAACAAAGAGGACAACACGGGAAAGGGCAAAGCCAAAGCCAAAUCCAAAUCCAAGCUAAAGAAAGAUCCAGAAUGGAUAGAAGCCAAGAAGGAGUAUAAAGCACAGAGGAAAGUGUUGAGAAAAGAGCGUUUGACUGCGAAGAAGGAGUGGCGUGAGGCAAGAGAGGAGGUCAGGAGGGAGAGGAGAAGUGCUAGGAAGGAGGCCAGAGGUAAUGGCAAGGGUAGAGGAUUUAUUCCGGAGGAAGUAAACCCUGAGAUGGUAUGGCUUGUGAUCGAGAAUUUGGCGCCGUGA